GCACGUCUUAUAUGCCCAGCCUGCCUCCUACUCUUUGACCUCUUCUGUCUCUUCUCUUCACAUCUCUUUGUUGCAAACACAAUAUCGUCCAAACUCCAUAUAGUGAGAUAAAAAAUAGCCCGCGCCAGAUAUUCACCAUGUCCUACAACCCCUGGUACUGUGCAACCGAGUGCACUGGCAUGUCGAUCAACUUUGCCCUUCGAUUGGUAAUCUACAGCGCCGCCUUAGGCCUUAUUUCCAAGUUUUCAAAGAUCCGGCCCAACAGUGGUAACAAAAUCACACUAGCCGACCAACUGGUCUUUUAUGGCGGAAUAGCACUCACGUCCAUCAUUGCAAUUUCUUAUAGCGAAAUGAUUGGCCGCGGUUACGGCAAGGACUUUGAGCCCAUGGACCUUGUCCGCUUGGGCGGCGUUAUCGGCAUGGCAUACUACGUGUUGUACCAAGAAUACGUGAUGCUGCCGAAAAAGACGGACGACGAGCAGCUUGCAGAUGUGAUUGCGCGCGGAAUGGCAAUGGCUGAAGACGAAAAGAAGACGAGCUAACAGAGUGGUCUUUCGUUUCACAUAUGAUGUAUAUAUUUGUUGGCAUAUUUUUUUCUACGGGUCGCGUUCUUUUAUAUAGUUUUUGUAACUUUACGACAUGAACGAUCUCAAUUUGCAAGCUUUGUAGUACUCCAGCAAUU